AUGUCUGUGGAUCAGGUGAAUGAUGCAAUCCAGAGAUGGAGAAAUACGCCAGGAGGAGGUUUGAAGCAAGAGGACCACCAGCUCUUCAAUAAAAUUGGAUUUGCCUAUCUUGCUCAAGGUGACAGCGCACGGCUACUGAAGCACAUCCAGGAUGAAAAAAACAAGGUAUUUGUGAGUUCUAUGGGCUGUGGUCUUUUGGCACCAAUCGCAAAUGGAAUAAUUAGAAAGGAGAAGGGUCAUGACCACUGUCAGACUGCUAUGACUCACCUGACUAAAAUCUGCAGCCCAAAUGAGUUGCUGAGUAGCUUGCUGGAAGUACUAGAGAACACUGAUCCAGAUGUCAUUGCUGAUACCGUCAUAGCCCUUGCCCCACACCUCCAAACAGCUUUACUCCGGAUGGAUGAAGAUAAGGCAGCCUCGUUGGGCUUGGCUUUAUCUGCCCUGCGCAAACAGGUGUCCCGUCUACCUGUGCCUUACACCCAGCAGCAGGAGGCCACUGAUGACUAUGGUCUGUGUCGCUGCUGCUCUGCAUUGACUACAUUUGUGAAACCCUUUGUGGAGGAAGUGAAAGAAAGCAACAGUGGUGGCACCACCGCCGAGUUGAAGACCGAGCUCCUCACGUUCUGCAUGGGGAUGUUGAGGGAGCCCCUACUUCAGGCUCAACUAGACCAAGCUAGAAAAUCUCCACUACGGUGUUUUGCAACAGAGAUACUGGUCACACUGUCAGCAAUCCAGGAGCCCCAUUCAAAUCUGCUCUUUUACACUCCCCUGAAGAGAGGCAUUCUGUUGGACCAAACUCAGUUCAAAGAAUCAAAGGCCUGUUUGGCUUACCUGCUGUUUGUCCAGCUCAUUACCAAGGACAGCUUUCCAGUAGUAUUCAGCCCUGUGUUUGUUCUACAGUGCAACAUGGAGUACAUACACGUAUUACUCAGCAGAAAAAGUGAAUCCUUCUUGCUCAAAGGACUGGCACUGUGUGAAAAGAGCUUGGAGAACGUACAGGAUGACAGCCUUCCAGUGGACCUGCUGGAACUAACUUCCUUCCACAGUGUUCCACAGAUAUUGCGGGAAAUUCUCACCGACUGUCCAAUGCAACAUUUGAGAGAAAGAGGACUACAGGUUUUCCAGCUCUUCAUAAAUAAACUAGAUGCUGAGGCAAAGCACAAGUUUUUCAGGUGCAUGUUGAAAACCAGCCACCAUGCGGGAGUGGAGGGUUAUAUUACAAAGAACAUCAAGAAUCAAGUCGAGUUUUCUAUGAAGCCAGGCAAUGGAAAUGGAUGGUUUUUAGGAGUGGCGUUUCUCCCCCUGCUGGAGCUGGCACUAUGUCUACCACAAGGAACUAACACAGAUCUUCUGCAUGGCAUGGAUAGGAUAAUGGAGUGUCUGAAUCUUCUACGUUACCUCCUGAUUAGAGACAAAGAAUGGAAGAGCAACACAAGUAUGUGGACAGAGCUAUGCCGCAUCAAAGAUGAAUACCUAAAAACGCUGCGUGUAUGCCUCAGUAUAUCAAGAGCAUAUUAUAUAUCUGAGGUGAAGGCACUGAGGGAAGAUCAAAAGUUAAAGGGAAAAGAGGCCAGAGCUGCAGUCAGAUCAACCAAAUUAGUGAAAGGCAUAACUGUGAGAAACGAGAGGGUUUCUGAAAUGUCCCCUGAGUGCCAAUACCAGGUACUGCAGAGCGCUUUGGUUACAUUUGACCUGAUGGAGAGCCUUAUUGUUCGCGUUGAAGAAAUAACGGAGGAGAAGAUAAAGACCAACAAUAGGCAGGGAGCUAACUAUUGA